AUGGUCAACACAUAUAUCAGCGCUCCCCGCGAUAUGAGCAUGCUCAACUGCGCUGCCUAUGUUGCCGGUAUCAUCGAAGGUGUCUGUGACGGAUGUGGCUUUGAGACGAAGGUCUCGGCGCAUAAUCAGCCCACGGAACUCUGGCCUAGUCGGACGGUGUUCUUGGUUCGCUUUGGGGAUCCGGUUAUGGAGAGAGAGAAGGUGCUCGAGAGGGCCGGUGUUAAAUAA